CAGGUCAAGUAGAAUCAUAUAUGUCUCUUUCUUUUUAUUGGGAAGCAGGGCAUAAAUUAACGGGAUGAUAUUAGUGUAUUCCAUCGAACUCCCCAAGUCACAAUGAAUUGUGACCAAUUGUAAAAAUGGUUCAGGGCAAAUUCUGAAUGUACCGUCAAUACAGAAAUAUUUUGCUGUGCUCAUUAACUUUAUAGCCCACCCACACCCAAAUACCAAAAUGCGUAUAUUGUUGUCCGCAUAGUCUGCUAUCAAGAAUGAUUGAUAUUUGGGUGGAAUUUCAAUUUCUUCGAAAUUCUUAAAAUGUAUUUUGCUCGUACCAACAGCUUUAUUUCUUUGAUUGUAAAGACCUGACUUCUUAUUACUAAAAUUCGGUGUUUUUGCAAUCAAGUCUAUACCGUCAUUUUCAAUGCCAGAAACCAUAUCCUUAAAAACUUUUGGUACAGGAAGCGUAGGAUCACUUCCUACGCUUCCUGUACUGUAAUUUGGUUGAAACCUUAAAACCACAUAUAAAAAAGCAAUAUACCAAAUUCAGGAACCCUUUAGAACCAAUUGAAAUGAUUGGUAUUACAUUGAGGUACUUAGGCAGCGGAAAUUCGAUAAACGACUUGCAUUUCAAAUUUAAACGUGGAAGAGCAACAAUUUCUAGAACUAUUUCGUCAGUUUGUCAAGCUAUAUGGAAAUAUGUUCGACCACAGUACAUAGAAGAGAUCACAGUAGAAAAACUACAAAAUAUUGCAUUAGAUUUUGAUCUCAAAGAUAACUUUCCUCAUUGCUUCGGGGCAAUUGAUGGGAAACAUAUACGUUUAAUAAAACCAGACAAAAGUGGCUCUCUGUUUUAUAAUUAUAAAAAUUAUUUUUCAAUUGUUUUGCUGGCGGUUGUUGACUCAAAUUAUAAGUUUGUUUUUGUCGACGUGGGUGCAUAUGGUAAGGAAAGUGAUUCUACUAUUUUUAGAAAUUCGACACUGUACAAGAUUUUAAUGAGAAAUGAAUUACCAUUGCCUGAUCCUCAACCACUUGGAAAUGAUCAUAAUAACGAGCCACCAAUCCCUUAUGUACUCGUCGGUGAUGAAGCUUUUGGUUUAAGUAAGCAUGUUAUGCGCCCAUACGGCGGAUCCAAUCUCAAUGUGAAACAAAGAGUUUAUAAUUAUCGCCUUAGCAGAGCACGUAGAUACGUGGAAUGUGCAUUUGGGAUCAUGGCAAAUAAAUGGCGCAUUUUACAUAGGCCAAUUGAUACGUCAUAUGAUUUAACUAUUAAUAUUGCGAAAGCAUGUUGUGUUUUACACAAUUUUGUUAUACAACACGAUGGGUUAAAACAACAAGACAAUAUGGCAAUAAGUAGGUUCUCACAAUUGAGACCCCAUAGCAAUGAAGAAUCAUUAGCCGAAAAUUUUAUCAGAGAUCAAUUUGCUAAUUACUUUAUGAGUCCAGAAGGGGCUUUACCAUGGCAGUUGAAAAAGAUAUAAAUUAACUUAUGUAUUGAAUUUACAAAUAAUAUAAUAAAUAACAACUCA